ACGUCGAAUCGAGGAAAAUAUUGUGGUAUUCCGGCUGGAUUUGAAGAUGAUGACGACAAUAGUUUGGAUGGUUUGAUGUGUUCGACACAAAAUCUUAAAAUCACUGUAGUUCCUGAUAUAACGGCUGGUGCCGGAUUAAAUGGUGAAGAUUUUGACAAGACACUAAGUCCGGAGUUGAAUGCAUGGUUUGAGGAUUUUAAGGAGACAUUUGGAAAAUGCAAUCGCACACCGGCAACACAGCAUCAAUUAAAAUUGGUCCUUAUACGAGAUCCUCAACCCUUGCUACAGGCAUUGCGUUUAUUUGCCUCCAGCCCUGGCUGUAAUUAUUUGAAAAAUAAAAAUAUGGCAUUAUUUAUACUCGAAUCGGUGUGUGAGCUAUACAAACAACAUCCCCAUAUUGAGGCAACCUGUGAUGAUAAUACCCGAAUGGUGGCUUUUAAUUUUGUCAAAACUAGUGGCAUUGUACCACUCUAUAAGGCUGUGACCGAAACGUAUCAAUUACACAAAAUACAAAACUAUUUGAUACCAAAAUUACAAAAAUUAUUAAAUGAUAAAUUCUAUCGUGAUGCUGCAUAUUGGUCAAUAUUUUUAAACUGCACUCAUAUCUUUGGUUUAUUUGAUUUGCUAUUACCUUUGCUGCUACAGGACAAAAUCAAUUUGGCUGAGGAAUUUUUGAAUGUGGCAAAAGAACAGCAAUUACCUACAGUACAAUUUUUAGAUUCUCUAUUGGAUCGUAAAAAGACUGUCUAUGAAAAUUGUGAUGAAAUUUUAAAGAAAUAUAAUUAUUCCGAUGUUAAGCAUAAUAUAUUAAGUUACCGUCCUAUGUCUAAACUAGUAACACGUUUAGCUAAAAAAUACAAUAUAAAUCCUGAAUAUACACCGAAUUUAAAAUAUUCGAAAUCCUGUUCGUAUCUGCAUUAUUUAUAUCACAAAUAUCAAGAGGGUGGCAUGAGUCUGGACUCAUGGCGUGAAUUGGCUCGUGAGGAGGCCAAAAAAAGUAAGGCUCUGCAAUUGGAUCUAAUCGGUAGGAUAACAAAUGCUGGUGAUUGGGAAGAAGCCAACUAUUGGGUACAAUUAUAUAAUAUACCACUGGAAGAAUGUCCAGCCGCAUUACAAAUGAGAAUGGGAAAUCGUGAUGCAAUGGCAGCGGAUAGCCUUAAUGAUUCCAAUGAGUCAUCAUGGGAUGUGGCAGCAGCAGCAACGACAACACCAACAACAACGGGGAAAACAAAAACGAAACAUAAAAACCAUAGUUAUGGAUCUCCCCACUUGCAAAAGGAUGUCUACUUGAGCUUGCAGUUGCCCAUGGAAUCAAUCAUUUUGGUGGACACACAACCAAAGUUCCUCGAAAUGUUACAAUAUCUAGAACAAUUUUUACUUAUCGGUUUCGAUUCGGAAUGGAAACCAUCCGUGAACAAUGACAAUCGUGUAUCGCUUAUACAGUUAGCCACUGUGGAGAGGGUUUACUUGGUUGAUUGCUUGUCGGCGGAACUUGACAGUGAGCUGUGGAAAAUGAUGGGACGGCGAAUAUUUAAUAAUUUGGAAAUUCUAAAAUUGGGUUUCUCUCUACACUAUGACCUCCAGAUGUUACACAAAUCGUUGCCUUUACAAUUGAAUCUGCAGGCGACUUCGUGUUAUUUGGAUUUACGUGAUCUGUGGCGUCGUUUGAAAUAUAUGCAAAUAUCUCCAUUCCCAUAUCAGCAAAUAUCGGUGGCCGGUGAAAGUCUGUGUGCGCUGACGGAAAUGUGUUUGGGUAAAAAACUGGAUAAAUCAAAUCAAUGUUCGAAUUGGGCAAAUCGCCCUCUGCGACAUGAUCAAAUUACCUAUGCUGCAUUGGAUGCCCAUUGUCUGUUGCAAAUAUAUCAAGUUCUAGCUGAACUGUUACUGCGCAUCGGCAUUGACAUCGAUGUUUUGGUUGAGGAGAUAACAACAUCUAAAUCUGGUUUCUUGUUUCGUACAAAGGCAAAGCCACAACACGAAAGUGCAGAAAGUAAAGUAGGUAGAAGCUGAGCAAGAUUUUUAUGUGAGUUUCCUUUCAAUCCAAAUUUAUUUUCUUAUCUUCUCAGAUCAUCUACCCAAAUUCGUUUCCUCUGCGAUUCAAUGUUAAUAGGCCUCUCCAAGGAAUUGCGUAAACUUGGCCUAGACUCUUUGGAGAUAAAUGAACAUAAAAAUGAUACACAAUUCUAUUUGGAUUUAGCACGUCGCGACCAGCGUAUUGUUCUGACACGUGAUUCGCGAUAUUUAAUAUUUUCACGAGAAUUGGGCCAGACACAUUGCAUGGAUAUGCCAUGUGAUGCUAUUGAAAAUCAAGUUGUACAAAUUUUACAAAAUUUUCAAAUUCACAUCGAUGAACGGCAGCUCUUUACAAGAUGUCUUGAAUGUAAUGGUAAUGAUUUUCUUUGGGCCAAUCGUUUCGAUAUGCAGAUAAUGCGUUUUGGCCAGCUGCAUCAAGAGGAUAAUGGAACGUUGGCGCAUGACAUUAAGGAGGAUGCCAGCAAAUUUUGGAAUUUACAAAAAAUCAAUGAUGCAAAUAUUCAAACAAAAACUACACCCAAAGGGAAUCUCAUAAAAGUGAAACGCAUCAAACCUUUUUAUCUAUACAAUAAGGACUAUUUUUAUAUAUGUGAUAACUGUGGACUUUGUACUUGGCCCGAGGCAAAUAAACUAAAUAAAGUUACAAUGGCGUAUUUAUCUCAUCAAACAUCAGCUUUGUCCGGCUGUGUUGGUGGUGCCCAUGGGACCAGCAAUACAGCCAAUUGA